CCUUCUAAUUUCCCAAAUUCGUAGUUCUGUCCAGAGUGCUCCUAUUUUCUCGAUCGCUACCUGCUCUUCAUUCAAAGCUUCGCUUCGUUCGGAGUAACUGUGGAUUUUGUUUUUAUUACUUUAUCCCGGAUUAUGGAGUUUUGCUCCAUUAUUUCACAUGAUCAAUGGAAUACCAUUUCCAGUUAGAUAUUUACUCGUGUUGAUUAAAUAUAAGGGAUCCUUAAAGGGAAGUUCAAGAUGCUACAAAAUGUUCCACAUCAGAUUGUGCAAUCUCCAGCCAGGCUAGGCCUGCCAAAUCCCAAUUCACCAUCUCUUCAAAACCCGACACCUCCUAAAUUCACCUCCCAAAGCUCACCAUCUCUCAAUCCCCAUCAAUCCUCAAAUCAGUCAAGCGCAACUUAUGUUUCCUCAACACUCCUUCCUCUCCUCCCGCCUCUCCCUAGAGCUCAAUCUCUUCUCCUACGAAUGGGAUCUCUUGCCUCGAAACUUUUUGAAGUCUCGCCCAAUAGAUCUCAUUGGCUCAGUGCCUUUCGAGGUUCCCUUCCCUCCUUUUUGUCUUCCCAAACCCAAUCCUUGGCACCUACUCCACCAGACUCAUCUCCUUCAUCCAUCAAAGAAAUCAUUGCCCAGUUCACAGCUCUUCAAACUCAACUCUUUGAAGCAGUCGCUGAACUCCAAGAGAUUCUUGAUCUUCAAGAUGCUAAACUGAAGCUUGCUCGUGACAUCUGGUCCAAAGAUUCCACGAUUCUUGCUUUUGCCAAUAAACUUAAAGAGGCUGAGCGAAUUCUUGAUAUUCUUGUAGAUGAUUAUUCUGAUUAUCGCCGCCCUAAACGAUCAAAAGCGAUUGAAAAUGCAAAAGAUUCUUCCACAACUACUGUGGCAACUCAGCUGAAAUUAUCAGAUAUAUUGUCCUAUGCCCACAGGAUAAGCUACACAACUUUUGCACCUCCAGAAUUCGGUGCUGGACAGGCUCCUCUCCGGGGGGCACUUCCUCCUGCUCCACAAGAGGAGCAGAUGCGCGCAUCACAGUUAUAUAACUUUGCCGAUCUCGAUAUUGGUUUAUCUAAAACAGAUGAAGGUAAAGAGAAAAAAAUUGAUCCAUUCAUUGAAACCCCAACUGCACAGCCAUCCGAAAGCAAUCCACUGGCGAAUCUUGCAGCAAUUCCGGGUUUGCUUCCUCCAAAUAUUGUGGUACCAUCAGGAUGGAAACCUGGGAUGCCUGUGGAAUUGCCUACUGAUCUGCCAAUUCUUCCUCCACCUGGGUGGAAGCCUGGUGAUCCAGUCGCAUUGCCUCCGUUUGAUUCCCUUCCGGUUCCACCAAGGGCGGAGGAGCAACAACCAAGAUCUAUCCCUCCUCCAGGCCUGACAAAGGUACCAGAGUCGAUACAAGUCCGGCACGUUCAGCUUGACAUUGAGGAUGACAGUAGUGAUUAUAGCAGUGAUGUAGCCAGCUCUGACAGUGAAGGUUGAAGCUUGGUUGGAUCUCCUCAAGGUUAUUGUCUCUUUCAUGAUGGGUUACAUGAGUUCACUUUCGUUCUUUGAACAAAAUGAAACCGCAUCUUGGUAUUACUCUUGCAUGUCAUUUUGCAACUUCAUUUGCAAAAUGUUCAUUUUCUUUCUAUAAGAACUACCAGCAAUAUUGAUUAUGGUGAUAUGUAUGUAAAAGUAUAUAUACUUUUUCUACCAUCGGAUUGUUGCUAGAUAUUUCUCUCUUUGAUUUUUUAACGUUAUCACAAGAAAAGGAAUAGAGUGCCAUCAAGAGACACUAAACAAGCCUGAAAUGUCAUGAUAAACUUUAUCAAUAAUUCUUAAGUCUUUAUGAUUGAUAACGAUAAAUGUAUCUAAAUGUUGGAGUCAUUCUGCCAAGAAAUGGACUGAAUGUAUUUUUUAGUUUCGUUU